AGUGAUGAUGCGUCAGAGCGUUGUUUGUGUUUUAGCUUCCGAGGUCGAGCAUGACACACACCCGCGCCAGAUUUUGAAACGUUCUAUUUACAAAGAAACAAAUUAGCAAAAGUUAGAAUUUCGCGCGUUAAGAACAAAGUAAUGGACAGCCAGAUGGAAACAAUGGAGCAAGGUGUUCUGGGUCACCUGAUGGCUUUAGAGAGGGGAGGUAUGGGUCAGCAGGACCAGCAUGAGUCUCAGAGGUUAGAGGUGCUCAAGGUCAAAGCCGUGACCCUCCGUGCCAAAAGAGAUCAACUUAAACGUCAGACAGACGCUGUCAAGAUCCUGAAACAUAAAAUCAGCAAAGAUCUUCCUUUGGACGAUGGUGAUGCUGCUGGCGACUUCACUGAACUACAAAAAUCUUUGUUAACCGCUUGGAAAAUGCAGUUGAAAGAUCUUCAGCGUGCUCAUCACUUAAUUGGUGGCUAUGAUUUGGUGGAGUGUAAGGAAGGGAAGAGCGUGUGUGUGUCUUUUCACACAGCCUUUGAGGGUGUGUAUUUGGAGACAUACAACAUGGAGCUGGACCUGACGCGUACCGUGCAGAUCUCUCGCCAUAACAUCCCUCCGUCAUUCCCGCUAGAGAGUUUUGCCAAGCAGAACCUGCAGAAAGACCUUAAAGCCUUCCUGCAAACCCUCAGCCAGAACCUCAACGCUUUAGCUGCUCGCAGACAGCAGGUCUACCUCCUCAAGGAGCUCGUUGGUUCAGUGGAGGUGAUGGAGAGCAAUCAGUUGUGCAAUAUUCUUGUGUUCAUGUGUACAGCACAAGGCGAGACCCCCAUAGCUGUUUUAUGCACACUGGAGUACGGCGAUCUCACUCAAUGUUUGCCAACACGGGUUAGCAUUGAGUGUGAAGAUAAAACACUUUCAGAAUCUCCACAGUGGAAGAAAAACCAGUCUUUGCUCCUGGAGUCCCCAGCUCAUACUGCUCUUCUGACCAUGAGGAGGAUGGGAAGCAUCGCUUGACAAAUUUGACAAAAUUAUCACCUUAAUGUAAAUAAUGUCCUGUUACAGUGCAGUUAAAAACCUGACGGCUUAUGUAACAUAAGAGAUGCACAGAGCUUUACAUUCAGAGGUAGAUUAACACGUACAGCUGUUUAUCCAUCAGUUUAAAAUGUGUUCAUACGUACAUCAAGCGUACGUUGUCAAAUGCUCUAUAGAGGUGAGAAAGCUUCUUAUUUUCUGUUGUAGUUUUUCUCUCUGCAGUUGUUUCAGUCUUUCUUUAUACCAACGAUAAUACUCUUCCUGAUACAUCAGCUCUUUCUGAGAGAUGCUGUCGAUCAACGCCAGGUCUUUUAGCUGUAGAAUAGAAAGCUGACCGUUUUCUGAAGCUUUGAAUUUCUCUGUAACCAUCAUAGGUGGAGAUGAAUCGUCUUGCUUGACAGAAAACGAUGCUGAUUUAGCAAACCUCUGUUCUUUAUCAUCCUCGCACGUUUUUGCCGAGGACAGAGGUCUGAAAGCUGGAGCGGAUUUUGAAAAGCGUGUCUCGUUCACAUCGUUUGCCAUCCUGACCUCUGAUAUGGCUCUCAUUGUGUUGUUUAUGGUAGCGUGCGGUUCGCAAACCCUUAAAUGCAACAGCCGUUUGUGCUCUUUCAGCACUAGCUCUCGCUCCUGCUCCAGCAAUCUGAGAUUGAGUCUGUAUUUGGCACUGAUGUUGUGUAGUUUCCACUGAAGAUGAACAUCCUCUUUGUGGUUCAGCAGUCUUACGUCCGUUUGACGGCAGGACUUGGGUCUCUUAAUGUUUAGCUGUGUUGACAUGUUUCCUUAAAAUGAAUAAAUGGAAUGAAACA